AUGGAAGGCUUCCUGUAUUGCCAGCUUUUCUUCGGUCCAAAGUUGCAGAAGUUCGCGUUGCAGACAGGUGAUCCAGAUUUAGAAGGCGUAGUCGUGUCCGCCCACGGGCUGGCUCCAUGCCUCCAAACGCUGCAUCUGGACGUCUCCAUUGGUUCCGGCUACUUCUCCGUCGAAUCCCCAGGUUUCCUCCAGAGCUUCUGCUUCUCAAGCUUUCAACGGUUCAUUUACAAGUCGGACUUGCCCAUAUCGUCCGAGGCAUUCCUCCAUCUGUUUUCCUUACCUCAUCUCAUUCAAUUGGACAUUACAUAUGAAGAUGAAAAUCAGCCGCUGAUGUCACCAUUACCAACGACAACAAUUCUUGAGACCGCUUUUCCGGUUUUGAAAACUCCCAGUCUUGCCGCGGAAUCGAUGCGGCAUUGCGCAGCCAUCCUGAAGGUGUCUCGUUUUCGCCACGCUGAGAAGGUCGUUCUACACACGCAGAUGUCCGAAGACAACACCACAGACAAUCUCCACGCAGUCCUCAAAUUACUUCCUGCUCAAAUUCCACAUGACUCGCUCAAGGAGUUAGUAAUAACCAGUGUAGGAGUCGAUGGGUCAGAGGAAGUGAUUGAUUUACGUUGCCUGUUCCUACUGCAGAAAAUUUCCAACUUGCGAAGCCUGUGUAUUGACACGGAGUGCAGAGUUGUAGUGGACGACGCGGGACUCGAGACACUGGCGAAAGCUUGGCCGAACCUUCAGAAGCUGUUCUUAAUACAGGGUCGCAGUUUGGCUUCCUUCCCGGUUGGCGUAAACCCGACCACCCUUGAUCACGCUUGA